UCCGGGAUAUUAUACAAUGUAUAUCAUACCAAACGCUUAAAUGUGUGUAUAAUUGGUAUUAUCUGAUAAAAGUGAGAGAGAAUAUCGAGGGAGUGAGGGGUAUCCUGAUAUGAGCGGUGUGGCAAUAUGGUCUAUGUGGGGUUUUCGCAAAGUCUUCUUUUGAAAAGUGGUGCCCGGCUAUGAAAACAUUGUCAAAACGGAAGAGUAGGAAACUAUAAAAAGAUACAGAUAUUAUGUGCUUCAACGGGGGCAGCAGAUUGGUUUUGGUUGCUUCAAUGUCCUCUAUGAAGGAGACAAAGAGGAAAGUCUCCGUUUCUCCAGGGGAGAUAUUAGUCGCCUCUUCCGACAUUUAAUGGGAUACAGAGGCAUAUUCUCUCUCUAAACCUGCAGGAGUAAUUUUCCUUGUACUUGUUAAAUGUAUCUACUGUCCAUAUACAAUAUAAACAAAGAGAAAUUUACGUCGACGUUUUGCGUAUUCUUCACAAACAUAAAUGAUCAGAGCGGUAUUACAACAUUGAUCAACGAAGCAACGAAUAAAUCGAUACAUCACACAAAAAUCUAUAGAGAUUUCCAGAUGACGUACACAUUUCUAUUUCCGUUGAACUUUGACCGCAUACCUUACAUAAAACAUCUUCAACGGAAUGUCAAGACUGUAAUGCAAUUAUCGAUACCAGUGGUAAAGCUCGGAGUGGAAUCUUAAGCCUGGUAAUUAGUCUUCGGUUCGAAAAGGUCAAAUUUGAAAUCAGUUGAGGAGACUGACCACCAACAUGACAAAGGCAUCACCAAAUUGACAUUUAAGUGACCAAUGCCGUGACCAUGGGCUGGACGUUACUGAAAAUGGACAAAAUGAAAUCACGUUUGACGAAGAAGAGUAAGAGGGAUAGUGUCAGCACACAGGAGAAAGGAUUCUCGCUACCGAGGCUUAAAACAAGUGACAAGUUCCACGUGGCCUUCACGCGCUCGGACACGGAGUUCUUAACAAUAGCAGUCAAGAAAAGAACCUCACAGAAAGUCGUUUCAGUUUGGCAGUCUCGUGGAAACGCCAAAGAGGCAAGGAGACGGAGAAAUUACUACACUAAAUUAUGUCAAAAGGUCAAGGUCAUCCCUGUACGUAGGGUCAUGGGUCAGAUUGGAGGACCUCACAUGUCUGUCCGAGAUCAUUGCCUCGGAGGCAGAGAAAUCAGAGCCAUCUGUAAAACAAUGAGGGGGGAUUGGUGUCUCGGUACACUGGACCUGUCCGGAAACAUCAUGUCCACACGAGAGGGACGCUAUGUCCAGGAGGUGCUGAUGUCCACUCCUAAACUAACCACACUGGCUUUAGAUGAUUGUGAACUGGACAGUGAGACUCUAGAUGACCUGUCCAAAUGUCCAGCUGUCUGUCAGCUCCAACACCUUAGUCUGGCAGGUAAUCGUAUACAGGACAAAGACAGUGGGUCUAUAACACGCAUUAUACAGAACUGCAAGGCACUAAGACACUUCAACUUGAGCCAUAAUGCGUUUGAAGCGGAUGGGUGCAGAAUGCUGGGUCAGGCGAUCGAGGAAAACACCAGCAUUAAAGAACUUGACCUUAGCUGGAAUCACAUCCGGGGACGUGGCAGUAUAUACAUAUCACGUGGUAUACAGUACAACACCUGUAUCACGGACAUCAACCUGGCCUGGAACGGCUUUGGGUUCGAGGGCUGUUCGGCCAUGUCCGAGGCUUUACGUCACAACACGACACUGACGAAGUUAAAUCUGGCCUGCAAUAGGGUCCAUCCUCCAGCAAUGCUGGAACUGACCAGAGGUAUCUGUGUAAACAAGUGCCUUCUCGUGCUGGACCUAAGUAACAACCCCAUCACGCCCAUAUAUACUACCAUCCUUAUCAACGCCAUUAAGAAAAGUCCAGAGAUGUCGCUAGAACUACUGCGUCUUGAGAAAAUUGUGGUUGAUAAACCAUUUGUAGAUACAUUAACCGAGUUGAGGAAACAGCGCGGUUUCGAGGCUGUUUACGAAUUGGCACUUCCGGUAAAGAGCAUCUCCGAGGACAAGAUGCGGAAGGAAAUCCAGGCUCCGUCUGUAUUUAACAUGGACCCACUUAAGUUGCUGUACAUGCUCAAGGAGAAGAACCGUGCCCAGGACUUCUUUAGGCGGAUUAACAAAGACAACGACGACUCGGUGUCUCCUGAGGAAAUCAAACAGCUGUUCAAAGAAUCCGGGGUACCUGUUUCGGACAUGGUCAUUGACAAGAUCGUCAAUUUUCUGGACGAGGAUGGAGACGGACAUAUCGACAUGAGGGAGUUCCUUGCCGGAGACAAGAAGAUGAGGAAGAUGUCCAGAGACACGAGACGGACGGGAGACGAUGACAUCAACAAGUAUUCACGGUCCUUUAGGAAAGGAAACAUCGACCCGAUGACAUUCAGACUCAAGGUGUCGAACGCGCCUAACCUUCUGUCCCCCGUGCUGUCACGAGAGUCGUCUACAAGUGGCGAUUCUCAAAGGAAACUGUCUAGUUGAAACAAGCAUGUGACAUCGUGACAUGGGAAAACGGGGUUUAAAACAGAAUAUUCCGGUUGACAGUCAUGGUGGCAUCAACAGCCUUAAGCUGUGUUACAUUCGUGAUCCGAAUCCGAUUAAUCCAUAGUCUUACAAGCAGUGCAAUGAUUGUCGAACUGGAUAUCAUUCAGAACGGAUACAUUUUUUAAACAUUAUGCGGAGACGUAUAAGGUAUGAUAGAAGGGGGGCAACUCAGUUAUACUUAUUGUGUGUAAGACUGUUGGCGACCUGGGAAGACCCGAUCAAAAUAGAAAGUGUUAGGGUAGACUAAACUGACUCUCUAUGCUUACAGAACCAAUAAAUAUGCCUGGUUGAAUUGUGGCGGUGAAAAUAGACCAAUAUCAGAUGUUAUCAUUUUGAUUGAUACAUACAUGUAUAUAUACAAUGUAAUCUACGAAAACAAAUAAUGUUUUAUACAAUAAACAAUAAAAUUGAUGAUACUAACAGACAAAUGUUAGCCGUUAUUGGUCAAUGUUAAAAAAACAUCAGCCAUAAUUAUGUCGAGGUAGCAUAUUAUGCCAGGGGCGUUUCUAGGAUAUUUGAAAGAGGGGGCGUAGAAUCAAAUCUUUCGCCGA